UUGCAGAGAAAAUUCGGGAUGGAAGGUCCACUGUCAAAGUGGACCAACGUCGUUCAUGGAUGGCAGUACAGAUGGUUCGUUUUGGGGGAUGAUGCGCUUCAUUAUUACACCUCUAGGGAGAAAAUGAUGAAAGGGCAACAACGUGGUUGCAUACGUCUUCGGGGUGCUGUUAUAGGUAUCGACGGUGAAAGUAAUUCCUUGUUUACAGUCACUGUUGACGGCAAAACAUUUCAUUUGCAGGGUCGGGAUGAAAUUGAACGCAACAGCUGGAUUCGUGCUUUGGAGACUGUAAUCCAUGAACAGAGUGGUUAUUAUCGUAUAACUUCAUCGAAUUCAGCAGCAGUUUUGAAGGCAAAAGCUGUUGAAGCGGACAGACAUUUGCAGGAUAUGAUCAAUGAGGUAUCGCCAUGUUCUUUGGAAAUUUUGGAAAUUGAUUCAAAUAACAAGCACUCGUGGUUCGAGAACUGGAAGGAUUGUCUACAUCAGCAAACACUGAAGUGAAGAAAACAAUCGAUGAUCUGGUUAAAUCAGCGAAUCGCUUGUUAGAUACAAUGAAACAUGCAGUUAUACUGUUACAAAUGGCUAGGAGUCAUCUAGAAGGUGCCUCACUGUUGGGUUUAAAUGUGGAUGAUGAUGAGUCCAUGAGUUCUCAGGCGAAAGUUGUAGUUCCUCCAUUGUCUUAUUCAAGUAGUGAGGAUGAGUUUUUCGAUGCCGAAACUCCAAGCGAUGAUGACAAAUUAUCGCCGAGUGAUGAUAAUUCAAAUGGCGUCAAUAGUCCUGGACAUAACAAUAAUCCCGGCAAGAAAAAUUCGCAGUCAAGGAAGAAGUCCAUCCAUGAACCGAAUUUUGGAGAUGAGAAUGAAGAUUUUGAUGCGGCUUACGAAAAUGCAGAGGAACUUGAUGUUGGUAAUGUGCAGCAGCAGCAUGGCUCUGUGCUUAUGCAUCUUCUUUCACAGGUAAGUGUUGGAAUGGACUUAACCAAAGUGACACUGCCAACAUUUAUUCUCGAACGUCGUUCUCUGCUGGAAAUGUACGCAGAUUUUUUCGCACACCCAGACAGUUUCAUCGGUUGUUCUGAUAUUUCGUCACCGGAAGAACGCUUCAUCUCUGUAGUCCGUUACUAUAUGGGUGCUUUUUAUGCCGCUCGUAAAAGUGGAGUGGCCAAAAAGCCCUAUAAUCCUAUUCUUGGCGAAACUUUUCGUUGUCGAUGGAAAAUACCUGGCAUGAAAAAAUCUAAGCAGCUAACCAAACGUGGUCCUUUUCCUGGUUCAGAUGAAAAUGACUUAACGUUUAUCGCAGAGCAGGUCAGCCACCACCCACCUGUCUCAGCUUUUUACGCCGAACAUCCUGGUAAACGGGUUUCGUUUACGGGACAUAUCUGGACGAAGUCCUCGUUCUUGGGUCUUUCUAUUGGAGUCACUAACAUUGGUUGGGGAACAGUGAAGCUGCACGACCACGGUGAAGAGUAUGUUUUAACAUUCCCGAAUGGUUAUGGGCGUUCAAUUAUGAGCACUCCAUGGAUUGAACUCGGUGGGAAAGUUACGGUUAACUGCAUCAAAACUGGGUAUUCGGCAGAGAUUGAUUUUCUCACGAAACCUUUUUUCGGUGGAAAAGCACAUCGUAUAAACGGAAGUGUUUAUCGUUCGGGCUUUAAAAAACCCAUUCUUAUAAUAAAAGGAGAAUGGAAUGGUGUGAUAACCGCGAAACCUUUGAAUGGUAGCGAAUAUUUAUUUGUUGAUGUUAAGCAUUAUCCUGAGGCAAAAAAGGAAUGCGAACCUGUAGCAAAGCAAGGUGAUAGGGAAUCACGUCGUUUAUGGAGACAUGUUACAGUUGCUUUGCAAAAAAAUAAUAUACAACUUGCUACUAAUGCAAAGAAAUGGAUUGAGCAAAGGCAGCGCGAGGAAGCUAAAAAACGACAGGAUCAACAAAUCGUUUAUCAUCCUGCCUUGUUUGUUAAAGAAGGCGAAGGCUGGAGGUACAACGAUGAAUUACGAUAGCGUAUGUGGAGUUGGAAAAGAUUAUUAACUGGAUAACAUGCAAAUAUGAAGAAAAAAAUAAUGAAAUCUAUUUCUUAUUUAUGUUAUAAAGCAGCUAUUUUUAAAAUUUUAGCUUAAAUAGCUAGCUGAAUAUAAGGCAAACGUGAGCAC